CCUCGUUCCUCUUCAACAUUCUCUGACAGUUUCUAUACCAUACCAUAGUCUCUGAAACGGACAACAAAGUCCGCCAAAUUGUCGCAUACUUGGCCGACUCACUGGAAAGGCCUUAUUAUGGGGGCAGCUCAAUGACUACCUCGGUUUACGAUACCGCUUGGGUAGCCAUGGUGGCAAAGCCGCAAGCCGAAAACGACAGCAAUGCGACACGAUGGCUAUUCCCCCGAAGCUUCCAAGCUAUCCUGAGAAGCCAGAUGCCAGAUGGGGGUUUUGGAGAAUAUGACACUACAGUGGAUCAGAUACUCAAUACCAGUGCCGCACUGUUAGCUUUUCUUCGUUAUGAAGCAAAUCCCUCUUUCACCGGAUGUGAUCCCGUUCUAGAUAUGAGGGAACGAAUCAGGCGCGGGAAAGACUAUCUCAACAACAAACUCCAAGGAUGGAAUUUGAAGGACACUGACCAUGUUGGCUUCGAAAUCCUUGUUCCCAAACUCCUUACCAUGCUUCAGGCGGAAGGACUGGACCUUAACUUCCCGGACCUCCAAUACCUCAUGUUAUUGAAGAAUCGCAAAUUGGGCACACUAUCUCCGACUAUCCUUUACAAACAAAAGAAAACUACAUUGCUCCAUUCACUGGAAACGUUCAUUGGGGACAUUGAAUUCGACAAGGUCGGCUUCCAUUUGACUAAUGGUUCAAUGAUGGCAUCACCCUCCUCGACGGCGGCAUACCUCAUGAAUUGUUCGACUUGGGACGAUGAAGCAGAGAACUACCUGGACUUCGUUGUAAGCGUGGGAGAUGGCGCGGUUCCGUCGGCCUUUCCAAUCAAUGUGUUUGAGAUUACAUGGGUCAUAUCCACAUUUCUUGAGGCUGGGCUGCGCCCCGAAGUAUUGGGACAAGGGCAUAUCACUCGGCUUUCAUUAUUUUUGAAGACUGAACUGGAGAAGAACUCAGGUAUCUUGGGUUUCUCUCCCGGUGUUCUUCCGGAUGUGGACGAUACUGCAAAAAGUAUCCUGUGCCUGAAUCUGCUCGAUCUCCCCUUCAGCUGCAAAAAGAUGAUUGAGGUCUUUGAGGGGAGGACACAUUUCAGAACGUACGUUUCUGAAUCGACGGAAUCGUUCAGCGCAAACUGCAACGUUCUCAUGGCUCUCUUGACUUCUCCAAGGAGUUCACAAUAUGUAUGCCAGAUCGAGAAAGCGCUUGACUUUGUAUGCAGCAAAUGGUACGAUGGAAACUGGAAGGACAAAUGGAACCUAGAGAGGCAAUAUCCCAUGAUGCUCCUAUCUCAGGUCGCAGUCACCGUUUUUGAAAUGUGGGGUGCGCAAGCCCCUACGGGCUUGUUAUUGCGCCUACUCCAUGAACGUAUCCCGCUCAUGACUCUGCAAAUAGUCAUUCAAACAUUGAGUGGGCAGGAUUCAGCGGGGUCUUGGAAAACCUCCCCCGAGAUUACAUCCUAUUCAAUUCUCACGUUGAGAAAACUGGUCGGCCUUCCUUGGAUGGAUCACAUCCGUUACAAAAUCGAAGCGGCCAUAGAUCUCGGGAUUAAUUUCAUCAAAGAGGAAGAAACUAACUGGGGCAAGCCUGCUCUAGUAUGGGUAGAGAAAGUCACAUAUGGCUCGGCAAUGCUUUCCUCGACAUACUGUUUGGCAGCCAUACAACCUUCAUGUCCUCGGGCUUCAGAGGAUGAAACCCGCGAAUAUUUCCCUGGCAUGGGAGAUAAACUCAGAAAUUAUGUCAGACUCUUCUCAGCGCUACCGAUUCUUACAAAAGAGCCCAUCUGGAGGUUGAGCUCUUCUAUUCUCGAAGGUCUCAUGUUAACCCCCAUCCUCGACAAACGCCGAUCCGAACUACACAUAUUCCCUCGUCAAGGCAACACAACGCCAGGUUACCUCCAGUACAUUCCGUUUACUUGGGCAAUGUGCAACAAUUCAACACACUUUGGCAUGUCGACCAAGGCUAUCGUUGAGAUGAUGGUUGUUUCUAUGCUCAACUUCGAGGUUGACAAGUACCUUGAAGAUGUCACUGCCGAUAAUCCUUCUUCUUUCCUGUUUGAUUCACUAAGAAUAACAAUCCGCCAAGUGUUCGAUGAGCGUCAUGGCCAUAUAGGCACUGGUGAUUAUGAAAGGGAGGGUAAAAGGCGAAAGCUGUUCACAACCGAGCCGCUCCCUACGAAGGUGGGAGUCGUGGAUUCACCCGUUUCUCACCGGACAAAUAUGACCAACCUCAAAGGAAUACUAUCUCAAUUUGUUUCUUGGGUCUUGGAGCAUCCCGACGUUGGCGAGGAUAAUUUCCGACUUCAGAAGUUGGACCGAUCUUCUCGUUCUGCGAAACGAAUCAUGGGAGUAGGGACAUACUUCGGCUGGGUUCGGACAAAUCACACGAGCUGUCCGUAUUCGUUCGAGUUUUUUUUUCGGUGCGUGGUAUCACCCCCGGGGGUCGACUAUUUCUCCACUGCUAGAGCACGUUAUAUUGGUCAAGACCUUUGCUGCCAUCUUGCCACCAUGUGGCGUCAGUAUAACGAUUAUGGCUCUAUGGAUCGGGACCUCUUGGAACAAAACCUCAACAGUGUCGAUUUCCCCGAAUUUCUCGACAAACAGACUGGUCCAACUAGCGAAAUUUCGAUGGUGGACCUGGCAGAGAAGAGACAGGUUGCGAGCAAGCAGCUUCUUGAGAUUGCAUUGUACGAACGGCAGUGCUUGGAACUAGCAGUCGCCCAAGUCCAGCAGGACGUUAAACUGAGAGCGUGGCGAUCGCUACAGGUCUUCAUCAAAGUUACCGACAUUUACGGACAGAUAUAUAUCGUCAAAGAUAUCAAUCGCAAUUCUAGGGAUGGUGAAAAACCAAGCGCUACUGUUCCGUCAAUUUAG